GCAUGACCCAGUGCCUUCCUGUCCGAAUCCGAUUUUCAAAACAUUGUUGAAGACCCACGCUCCACACUUCAGCUUGAUUGUUAAUAGAACUUCCUGGCUUCUUCUCCACCUCAAUGGAACAGUCCCAAACUCCAGGACAUUCUCCCUCGUUUGAAGAUUGUUUGAAGCUUUUGACAGGAGAGAGAGAUGAACAACGCCUCGCUGGUCUCCUUUUGGUUCCCAAAUUUUGCAAAGGUGAUGACUACAUAUCAAUUAGAAGGGUUUACGAAGCCGUCGGUGUUCGAUUCUUGGACCGCCUACUUACGACUGGGCUGGGAAAAGGAAAUAUUAGCACUACCGGAGGCGAUAGUCGCGAUGCCUAUUUGCAGCUAUCAGUUACAGUUCUUGCUGCAUUUUGUCGUGUUCCCGAGAUUGCUUCAUCUGAAGAUAUGCUUUCCAAGAUUCCAUUGAUUCUGGAAGUUAUGUUGAAGGAAUCAGGUUCACCUGUCCUCGAGGAUUGCUAUGAAUUUUUAUUUCUUGUAUCAACUGCCUGUGAAAACGGUGUUGCAGUGUUUUGUGAAACUGGAGGCAUGAGUGUGCUAGCAUCUCGGAUGUCGACUUUGCCAGAUGGUUCCCACUCAAUGGAGCUUGCCAUGAAACUUGUCCAGUUAAUCCUGAGUAAGUUAUCUCUGGACAGUAUCAGAAGUAUAGACCUUUCAAUAAUGGUGACAACAAUAGCAAGACAAUUCGCUGUGUUGCACAAUGCCUUGAAAUUUGAAGCACUCCACCUGCUUUCUGCUGUUCUGCCAAAAAAAUCUGUGGCAUGUGUUCGUGAAGCUCUUGACUUGAUGCAAAAUGGCAUGUGGGCAACUUAUAUUCGUGUUGGUAUUGUGGCCAUUUUGCAGAAUCGUGUUGCACCUGCUGAAAAGCUUCAGGCUCUUACCUUGGCAGAGGCCAUGAUUUCUGUACUGGGUGAGGAAUGGUUGAUUGGUGACCUGACCUUACCUGGUUCGCAGGACUCUUACCCUCGUGACAGGUGUAUAUUGCUUGUAUUAGAGUCAUCAAGAGUUGAAAUUGCUGUGCUACUUAAUGAGCUUGCUUACUUAAAAUAUGAAGCAUCUAAGGAUUCUUCAUCAAAUAUCAAAGCAGUUCCUUUAAAGCAACAGAAUUUGGCCAUCGUCUUUAAUUUGGUGGAGAAGAUAAUUAAACUGAUUUCAAAUUUAAGUGCAGAUGAAGGUGACCUUAUUAGUGAAAGAACUUUCACAAAGGUUAUAUCUGGGUUUAAUGAGACAAUUGGUGUGGUUCUCGAGUAUUUACAAGAUGCAAAGGAGCACAAACAAAUUAAAGGAAAUGAUCUUCUUGCUUCUGUGCGGAUUGUUGGGAGCUAUCUCGCCGAAACACCCUUUGCAUGUGAAGAGAGAGUUAGAGAACUUUUAGGAUAUAUGCUUUCAAUUGAGGGUGAAGAUGAACCAAGCCCUUUUUAUUCCAUAUGCUUUUUGCUUCCAAUGCUGUGCCAAAUAACAAUGAAAAUAGAAGGAUGUGAAAUUUUGGCUUCUUCUGGAGGAUUUAAAGCUGUCGUGGAAUGCCUGAUAAAGUUGAUUGGGCUAAAGGGUCAUAUGGUUGAGGAUAAUGGUUCAAUAUUCUUGGCAUGUGAUACAAUCAUGAAUCUUUUGUUGAAGAGAGAGCAAAUGCGAUUUCCAUCGGAUGAAUGUAAUCUUGUUGGUCUUUUGAAGGCAUUGGUGUAUUGGACAGAUGAUACUGAUGACCUAACAAUUAUUAUGAUGGCUUCAAGCCUUUGUGCGCUAUUACUGGGUUAUUAUACAUCAGAGGACGCUCUUCUAAAUCAUCCCGAGUUUGACUGUAGCUCUCUUCAUAGUCUCUCACAGCUCAUCGUUCGAAGUUUAGCCACAUGCACGCAGCAGGAAAUGUCUGAUGACGCUAAAGCAGAAAUGGAUCUUCAUGAGAUUGUUACCAAAGAAUAUUCUCAAUGGGCUCAUCGAUUUCCCCACAUAAAAGAGGCAGUUGAGAGAUGAUACAUUUAUCCCAAGGAGGCAAGGGAUGAGGAUUCUUGAUGACAAAUGACAUCAAUCUGUUUUCAUUUAGGUGGCUUUGACUAAGUUUAUCAGAUGAUGCAUAGUCUGGUCUUUCUAAAUUAUCUGUUACUUUUUGGGUAGAGAUCUUUGUGUUAGAUUAAUGACCAUUUGAUUGCUUGCCUAUAUUUUGAGAUGGUAUCAUGUGGAGAGUACAUACAAAUUGGAGGAAACCUGUGAAAUUGUCCUAAAUGUGGUAUCACAUAGGUUGGUUCAGUAUGAUUCAAUACAGCUUUCCAGUAUGGUUCUUCGCUCA